AUGGCCAAGCUAUUGGUCCAGCUACAUUUCAAACAAAAUAUCAACGCCAUCUUCUAUGGACACUUGAACAGGUUAAAAAAGAACACAGAAGACCAAACACAUCAAGAUGUAGAUGCUUGGUCAAAGGCCAGGUGGUGGUGUAGAAUGGAGGUUGAGAAGACACCGGAAACCACCCCAGUCAAGGUGGAGGAAGUAGCCCCAACAGAGCCACCAAAGGCUUGGUGGUGUGUGAUAUCCUUGAUUUGUGAAAAUUAAAUUAAAGGUUCUGUGCAUGCAUGCAUCUGUAAACAAAUUUUACUUGGACAAAUUUGUUAUUCUUUCUUCUUUCUUUUCCAUUUUUAUGGGGGUGGGUUACCCUACCCACCUCUUUGUAAUACAUUGAAAAUGUUUUGUUGGGUGUUUUCUUUUUUGCUUUUUGUAUAUUAAUUG